GUCACAAAUUGAAUAUCCAAUCAAAACAUUGUUUAGGGGAGCCAUUAUGAAAAUUCCCCUGAUUUUGGAAGGAAAAUUCGGAAAGACCAAAAUGUACGACCUAGCUGUGCAAUGACAAUUCCAAAACGUUAUAAUGCCUGCAACAGGAAAUAUGGGAAAUGAAAAAAAGAAGCGUCCAAAACUUCCUCCUGUAGUUAUUGGGAAAGAAAAGGAAACUGCUCCAAAUGCUCCCAAGGGAUUGUCUGAUAAUGCCACCCUCACUGUAAAUGGGCAGGAUUAUCAUUGCAACACAAAUGAUUUGGAUCAACUUUCGGAGCUUGGUCGUGGAGCUUACGGUGUUGUUGAUAGAAUGUGCCACAAACCGACAAAUAUUGAAAUGGCAGUAAAGCGCAUCAGAUACACAUUCAACACACAGGAACAGCAUCGUUUGCUUAUGGAUCUUGAUGUUUCUAUGCGCCUUAGUGAUUAUCCAUAUACCGUUCACUUUUAUGGAGCUCUAUAUAAAGAGGGUGAUGUAUGGAUUUGUAUGGAACUGAUGAAAACGUCACUUGAUAAAUUUUAUAAAGCUGUUUCUGAGUUACACCAGAUUAUACCUGAAAAGGUUUUAGGAAAAAUAACAUUUGCUGUUGUAUCAGCAUUAGAAUAUUUACAUACAAAGUUAAAUGUGAUACACAGAGAUGUAAAACCUUCGAAUAUACUAAUAAAUAGCGAUGGCCAAAUCAAGUUGUGUGAUUUUGGCAUCAGUGGUCAAUUGGUUGACUCUUUAGCGAAAACACUUAGUGCAGGGUGUAAACCGUAUAUGGCUCCAGAACGUAUAAAUCCUCCCAGUGGCCACCAAGGCUAUGACAUCAGGUCUGAUGUAUGGAGUCUGGGAAUUACUAUGGUGGAGUUAACGUGUUUGCAGUUUCCCUAUAGUAAAUGGACGACACCUUUCGAUCAACUAAAAGCUGUUGUUAACGAACCGUCACCAACGAUUCCUAAUAACGUCGGAUAUUCUGAAGAUUUUCAUAAGUUUGUUGCUCUAUGUUUAAAUAAAGAUUGCGAGAGACGUCCAAAAUAUAAUGUUCUUUUAACCAAUAAAUUCGUGCUGGAAUACGAGAAUACACCGUUAUCUGAAAUAUCAGAAUUCUUUACACCAAUUUUAGAACACAUGGAUAAGGGAAAUGUGUGACUAUAUCAAACGAUGUAGAAAAUAAUUUUUUAAUGCUAUCUCUCCCGUUUUACCUCAUUUAAAAAGGUCGUAUAGCCGUAUUAUUUUCUUCGAAUAGAUUAAACAUCCCUAGUCUUUUUAUACAGUUAUCGGAAUAAUAAUGGCAGUAUACACUUAAGAAUGCUCAAAUUUUUUAAAAUUGAAUUCUGAUGUAUAUAUUUUCUUUGAUUCUCUAGUUAAAAGGAUUUUUUUUAAAAUUUUAAUUCAGCACUGUCUUGGUAAAGUGAUUUUUCUUAAAGCGAUUGAGAAUGGAUUAUGUUCAAUUAUUAUUUGAAUGUAAAAUUAUAAAUUCCCUUCUUUCUUUCUUUCUUUUUUUUUAAUUUUGUAUAAUGAAUAAUUUUUGUGCAUGUGUGUUCCAACUUCUGCAUUUCUUUAUUUUAUAAUCAUAUUUUUAUGGUUUCCAAAUUACCAGAAAGCUUAUUAGAACAUUUUGCGACGGCCGAAAAUAACACCAACAUUUUUUUAUGCUGCGCAGGCAACGUGACGCCCAAGAGCCGGCAUAAAGUGGUCCAAUGUAGUACCAUAUUUAAGGGUGUUUUAAUGAAAUUUUCUCAUGUAUGUUUGUCACUAGGGCUGUUUAAUCCGCAGUCCUGUGUGUGAUAUAUGCCUUGUUCAUAGUUACGUUUUUUUCGUUGUUUUUUUUUUUUUCAAAAAAGCCUCGCUGGGUAUCCGGAUUUUUCUCCUUAAAUAUUUGUUUUUUAUGUGUGGACUAAACCUUUUUGUAUAUGAUACGAAGGAGAAGAAAACCGUAAAAUUA